UUUUCAAAAUUCAAAACAAAUACAUACGAUGAUGGAACAGGACGUUUGUGAUUGUGAAGAGGAUGACAUUUUCAAAACGAAAAUCAGACAAAGAAAAACGUUUGGGCUAUCAAGCUGUCUCCUAAUAUUUGUCGCAAUUGUUCUAUUCAUCGUCGGACUGGUGACACUGGGGUUUGUCAUGUACAGAACAGAAACAAUCACAUCGAAGAAUGGAAUGGAAAAGGAUAGGGCUGGCGUAUCUGAUGUUGCGAAAACGAAGAGAAAAGCAGUGAUUGACCCAAAUGAAAACAAAAUCAAAGUAAUCGAGGAAACCAAAAAGAAAGAUAUCUCUAUUGCAAUUAAUCAACCGAAACAAGACAAGAUUACCAAUCCCACCGAUAAUGAAUCACCCAAAGUCGAAAUGAAGUGGUUGAAUGAUAUGUUGACUAAAUAUGGAAUCAAAAACAAAGUCCCAUCGGCUGAUAAAAAAGUUAACAUUAUCGAUGUGACAGAUGAAACGUCCAAUCAUUGCUAUAGUUUCGGAGCUAUUGCUGCUAUAGCAACGGUUUCAGCAAUAUCAACGUCAUUUAUUAUAUUGAUAAUGUUCGCAGAUGAUAAAAUAAAAAAUAUUGAUGACAUCAAACGUGAUGAAUCGUUUGAUGACGUGGUGAUCAAAUCCCAAUAUGGUAAACUAAGUGACAUAUUUGAAUUCAACUGGAACGAUUGGGAUAGACGUUUUAAUGAUGUCUUAGAGGAAAAGGUCAACUCAGCAGAGACUAUUUACAAAGAAUGUGAACAUGAAUAUCGUCACACCAAUCACAAUGAUUUGUUUUAUGAAUGUCUAAGAAAGAUUCCGAAUAGCAACGCUUGGUUGGACGAUAUUCCAAAUAUACCUUCAAAUCCAAAAUCCUAUUUCGAUACCAGCAAUAAAACGUACGUGAUAUUGUUUGCAUAUGAACGCACUGGAUCAUCAUUCGUUGGACAACUGCUCUCUUUAAAUGAAGACUUUGUGUUUAUGUAUGAGCCAUUACAUUCACACUCCGCAAGACCAAUGUCAUUUCCAAGAGAGCUAGACACUCCGUUGAACGCUACAAGCGAUCUAGAAGCUCUAAUCCUGAAUGGUAUGCUGACAUGCAAUUUUUACCAGAUACCCGCAAAUUCUCUUGUUUAUGCAGACAGGAAUUACUAUGAAAUCAAAAAUGCACGUAAUAAGGUUCUUCAAGAUUACUUCGAUUGCUACAUAAGCUAUGGGAAACACUCACCCUGUAUGUCUUUACUUAAAGACAUAUGCCAAAGCAAAAAGGUGGUCUCAGUUAAGACAGUGAGAGGUACAAUGGAGGGUGUAGCAAAGCUCAUCUCCAAUGGCAUGCUCUCAUUGAAACACACCAAAAUUCUACACCUCAUGCGUGACCCACGACCUCACUUCCUGUCUAGACUAGAAGAACAGUGGACUCAUCUUUACCAAAAACCAGUUGAUAAAAUCAACAACAUAACAUCACUAAUGUGCACAAGGAUAUUGAAGGAUGUACUAAUAAGAAAAAAAUUGAGUCAACAAUUUCCAAACAUGUUCCGUGAGAUUGUUUAUGAACAUGUUGCAUCUCAUCCUUGGUCAGUAUUCACAGAUAUCUAUGGGUUCAUUGGAGCUCAAGUGCCAGGGAAACUCAAAAAGUUUGUAACAAUCAUGUCAAAUUCAUCAGAAGCAAUAUCAAACCUCUGGAAGACACGUUUGAAUCCAAGGGUCGUGAGGGAGAUUGAUAAAAGAUGUGUAGCGCUAUAUAAUGAAGUUGGUUAUCUACCUAUAGGGGAUGGAUCCGAGUUAUUGGAUAUGACUCAGGCCAUACAUAGAGACUACAGCAUGUGGCAGUAAUGCAAGUGCACGUUAUAUGUAAAAUAUAAGACAAGUGAAAUAAAUGUAAAUAACAUAUA